ACAGGGCGGCACGCAUUAAAGGCGAAGCAUCCACAGUAGCGCAGGUGAUGAUAAUUCAAAUCGUCAUCUACAAUUGGCAAGAUGGCGAGGCGAGAGUAGGCUGGGUGAAUUCCUGGAAACGGCCUGAGCUCCUACGCGCUUGCCGUACCGAGACCUGACUUCGUUCGUCUCCACACCCGUGAACCGCGUCGACGUGCCUCAAAAUCGAGUCUGACCUGAUGGCCGCGUCUCUCUGACCUCCUUCUAGCCCUGCACGAGACUUUUCUCAACCCGCACUCCUUUGACAGUGUUCAGUGCUCCCGGCAUCACGCUUGGCUAGCCGCCCUCGGAACACGUCCACGCAGGUCAGAGCCGUCGACACGCCGCGUGCCUCACGUCUCGAGCAGCUCAGCAGGCGACAUGGACUCCAGCCCGAGCAAGCUGGCGCAGCAAUUGCCGUCGGCAUCGACGCCCAAGUCGCUGUCGUCGCACUCGCAGAAGCCGUCGCUGCUCCCCGCUUUUGGCGAGGACAACUUCUCGUCAUCGCCAUUUCCGCGUCCCGGCUCCUCAAAACGCAAGUUUGACGAGGACUCUCCAUCAUUCGCGAGACACCAGCUCAAGUACUACCCCACUCCUGUCCCUACCUCGUCGACCGGCAUUCUCAAUCUCUCGUCGCCGCGUCACGUAAGGCCGGUCCUGCAACGCGCCGUGUCGGCUCUCUCAGAGCGGAUCCCCCUCGGCGCCGUGCCUACUGUCGACCUCCCUGCGAAUGGAGAGCUGCUUCGUAUGGGGCGGUCGUCAAACUCUGCAGACUAUCAGCUGUCCACGAAUCGUCUCAUCUCACGCGUUCACGUCCAAGCCGCCUAUCACGCGCCCGAUUCGGCCUAUCCUCGCGGGCACAUCGAUGUCGAGUGCCUAGGAUGGAAUGGAGCAAAGGUUCACUGCGGCGGCAGUGUGUUCGAGCUGGCGAAAGGAGACACGUACGUCUCAGAGAAUCCGGAAACGGAGAUCAUGCUGGACGUGCAGGACACUCGUGUCGUGAUUGCUUGGCCAAUCAUCCCGGUAUCCAAGUUCUCGUGGGAGUCGGAGGAGGAAGACAUGCCUACACCCACACGUCGUAACACACAGGGUGCCUUCGACUCCAGCCCUCCUGUCAUCCCCCGCUCCCCCGUGUCGCAGAGCCCAAUGCGUCAGCCUGUUUUCGACGCGCUUGGCCCCAAUGCCCCGGUGGGUGGUGUCCAGGUAUUCGAGGAUGUCGAUGUGCAAGAUGAAGGCUCUACUCUCUUGGAUCCUGAGAUGACCUUCAUACGCCCUACGGUCUCGCCCAUUGGCUCGAGCCAGGAGGCUGCUGCAAAGGGUAAAGGCCCUAAGACCAGCUUCACGUCGUCGUUCGGCGAGGAUGACUAUUCUGAUAAUGACGAAGAGAAUGACCCUGUCGUUCACUCGUUUGGUCCAUUCGGCCAGAACCUACUCAGCGGACUUGAGUCCUUCUCCACCGCUACACCUGGGCUUUUGAAUACGCCGCAGCCUCCUCGCAAGCCACUGGUGUCGCCAUCCGCGAGACCGGCUUCUUUCGACGCUAUUCGCUUCAGGGAGUCCCCUAUCAAGAACCACGUCAUCAAUCAGCUGGCAUACUCCCGCGUUCACUCCCACCCCUUAUCGACUAUCCACAGCAACCUUCCUGCUGAACUCAAAGCUUGUUUCAAUAAGGCCAAGGGCGUCGAAGAUCAGAAGGAGCGUAGCCGUUCGGCAACACCACUGCCGGAGUUGUCGCAGUCCGACCUGAAGAGUAUAUUGGAACAGACUUCUUGCGUCGGAGAGAUCCCACGCAUGGGCAAAGAUGCCGCCGGCAAGCCGCUGGAGAGCGAGUACUACUAUGUUCCAGAGAUGGACCCCGAUCAGAUGAGGCGAGAGACUAUUCAGGCUGGCAUGCGCAGCACUGGCCUCCGCUCCGUCAGGAAGACACACAAGCAAUACUACUGGAAGAAACCCCGCGUAUGAGCACAUCCUACCUACCUCCAGUAAGACAACUCUAGGACUUCCUGAUAUUGACAGGCGAUUGCUCUUCAGUCUAUAACCCCCCCACAAACUACACGAUGUUCCGAUUCCUUCACUGCAUAGCAAGGCGUUCACGAUACCAUUUCUUCUACUUGGUGUCCGUUUCCGAUGUUCCGAUUCCCUUUUCCUGUUUUCUGCUCGGUUCUGUACCACCAUCUACCAAAUUGCUUAAUGGG